AUUAUCUGUAGCAGUACAGAGUAUGGCGUUUGGUGUAGUGGUUCUUUACCUCCGAUAGUUCUGUGGGUUGUGGCUGCUAGCUACAAGCCUACAUCUGCGAAUGACCCAUUUUUCUCGCUUGUCAAAAAGAAGUUUGAUGCUUACGGCGAUGGUGAGAGUACGUGUUGCGCAUUGGACCGUCGCAGGCACCACAAUAUUCCUCGUAGAAAGGACUACAUCGUUACAGCGUAGAAAGCAAGUUGUUGUAUAUACUACUACAAGAUUAUCGCAUGGCCUACUAGUAACAGAGUCCAGACACUGUUCCUUGAUAAUCAGUCUCAACAUAACCAAACUGAGCGUUUACGAACGCAGACCUGAGCUAACCAGAACAAAACCCUUGUAAGCGUCUUGUGAGCGGGUUACAAGACCAUUUCUGCAA